AUGACGCCGUGGCAGUGGGUGCAGGUGUGGAUGUGGCUGGCUGGGCUGGGGACUGUAGAAUCAGCACCCAGCCUGGAGAGUGCCAAGGCCAUGGCCCGGGUAGCAGAGUCUCCACUCUUCCUAGACAGACCUGACUUCUUUGAUUACCCAGACUCGGACCAAGCCAGGCUCCUGGCCCUGGCCCAGUUCAUUGGAGAGAGACCUGUCAUCUUUGGUAACUCAGGUUCCGACUCCAGGCUCUUCCAUCACAUCCUGGUGGGCGCUCUGGUGGUGGCCUUCUUCUUUCUGCUUUUCCAGUUCUGCACACACAUUAUGGUGGGAGAAAAAGGAAGAGAGACCAGAAGACAGCCACAGAACUGAAGGCCGAGAUAGAGUGAGAAAACAAGCCAGACUAGAUCUGAGAAACAGCUGAGAGCAGGACGAAUUACAGCAGAAGAGUAAUUCUGGGAGUGGUGGGGAGAGAGCAUAUUGGCUGACAUUAAUUGACUGCUUAUUACAUGCGGGCACUAUUCUAAUAUUCUAAAUCUUUUACAUGCACAA